UUGAACAUACAGAUACCAAGUAGUUGCGGUAAUAUUAUUACAGUUGUGAGGUUCACAAGGUGUGAUCAACAAUACUCUCUCAAUGAAAGCUAGGCAAAACAUCAUGGAGCAGAACAAGAGCAGCCAAGAAGAAAAAUAUUUAGGCGUUGCAGUACACAGCCAAGUUCGAAAAAUAAAGCAAGAAAUGGAAAAGAUUGAGCAGCCAUCGCUCGAAGAACCCGAGUUUUUAGUCGGGCCAGUUUUUGACGAGAACAGGAGGCAGCGGUCUAGGUCGCCUCUCGGGAUAGCUCAUAGACCGAUUUCUGUUGGCAACUCUUAGAAGCUUUGGUUUAUGUUAUGUUGAGAACAUGUAGAUGUAGAGUUUUUAUCUCUCGCUUUGUUCUUGAUUCUGUGUGAUCAUUGAUCAGCUUGCUUUUUGUACUAGUAGUUUGUAUAUAUUUCUUGAUCGUUGAAUUUUGUAGCAUCUUUCUCUUAUUUAUCUGGUUUGGAAAAUGGUUUCUCCAGUA